ACAGACACUACUCUCUUCCUUAUGUAAUCCUAUUCCCAUUCUUGUUUCAAGAAACUCCAGAGAACGGAACCAAACUCAAAGAAUUUGGUUGCUUUUGGUCUUUUAUUUUCUCUCUCUCAAAUGAAUCAAAGGGGGAAAGGACAAAUCCAAUUAGAUUGGUACUCUCCAAGGAGACUUCAUGAUAGCCCUACUCAAUACGACUUUCCAGGGGAUCGCUUUAUACCAAAUCGGAGUUUGAUGAAUCUUGAUCAAGCUCACAGUUUGUUGACAAAUAGGACCAAAGAAUUGCCCAAUCCUAGUUCCAAUGAAAUAUACCGCCAGAAGUUGAUUGAGAGUCUAACUUUGGACACAGAAGGGAGGCCAUUUAGGAUGUUAGUAUUCAGAGGAAGCGUGAAAUCUAGUGGAAGGUGGAUUCGUCUUAUUGAUGAGAUGCGAAAGGAUGAUGAAGAAGCAUUGAGAAAUAGUAACAAGCAAUAUCAUUCUCCUCGCCACUUGCCUAUGAAGGAAGCCAGGAUUCUGGAUGCACCAAACAUUAAAGAUGACUACUAUGUAAACAUCAUUGAUUGGGGAAGGAACAAUAUUCUUGCUGUUGCAUUAGGCCAAGCUUUAUAUCUGUGGAAUUCAGAGAACAAAAGCAUACUAAAGCUGCUGGAAGUUCAAGGUGACAAUGACUACCCAACAAGCAUAGCCUGGUCUAAGGAUACCAGAAGUUUAGCUGUUGGUUACAUGCACUCCAAACUUCAGCUCUGGGAUGCUGAGACUUCCAAAUGUAUCCGUCACCUGGAAGGUCAUAAGGCCAGGGUAUCGACCCUUGCAUGGAAUGGUCAUACUCUAACAUCAGGAAGCCGAGACAAAUCCAUCAUCAAUCAUGAUGUUAGAGUGAGAAACAAUCCAACUUCCUGUGUGCGAGCACAUACCGAAGAAGUCUGUGGCUUGAAAUGGUCAAGAGAAGGCAAUUUAUUGGCAAGUGGUGGAAACGAAAAUAACAUAUACAUAUGGGAAGCUUCAAAAAUGAGCUCAUCCAAUUUUUUACACCAAUUCAAGGAACACCAUGCAGCAGUCAAAGCGCUUGCUUGGUGCCCCUUUCAAUUUAAUGUACUCGCUUCAGGAGGAGGUACAAAAGAUGGUUGUAUAAAGAUAUGGAAUACGCAGAAGGGGACAUGUAUCAACAGCAUAGACACCAAUACGCAGAUUUGUGCACUAGAGUGGAACAGACAUCACAAGGAAAUAUUGAGUGGCCAUGGCUAUGGUGUGGGAGAGCUUCGAAAUCAUCUAUGCUUGUGGAAAUACCCUUUCCUGACUAAAAUGGGAGAGAUAAAAGGUCAUAGCUCCAGAGUACUUGGUCUUUCUCAGAGUCCUGAUGGAUUAACUGUUGUAUCAGCCGGAGGAGAUGAGACGCUUCGCUUCUGGGAGAUAUUUGGACCACCUUGCAUUUCAAACUCUGGGUUCUCGGGUCUUGGGGCCCUUUUGUCUCUGAAGACAUCCCCAAUAAGAUGAAGGCAGGUGGAGCACUUUUUCGAUACAAGCUUGUUUCCUCCUCUGCUUGUAAUUUAUCCUAUCGUUCUUGCACAUUUAUGAGAGCAGCGGAAUAGUUUUUCUCAUUUGUAUAACUAGAUUCAUGCUAUUACUGUAGAUGCAAAAGAUAAUAAUAGAAAUCACACACAAAGAUAAUAAUAGAAAUAACACACAAAUGUUGAUGCCAA